AUGGUGGAAAAACAAAGUUCAUGGGAUGAGCAUGCGUCCCGUCUAAAGGAACGGGGAUGGGCUCAGUCAAGGCACGAAAUAUCGCCCAUUGAAGCUCAACUGGUUACCAGCAGCUCUGCUCGUGAACAAGCUGAUCUAUUCAGAUGUGACUCUGGUGAUCACGAUCCUGGUCUAAGACCGGAUGCGCUUGACAUGGUGUUUGAAACUAUCGAAGGAUACAUCUGUGGUCAUGAUGCUCCGAGAGCCCUACAAGGUGAACAGACUAUUGAAUUUGCCGAUCGUGGGCAGGUCCGUGAGUCGGUUUCGGAGGUUUGGUCGCUUCAGAAGCUUGGAGAAGUCCAACAGCGUGGCUCUGUUGCUGAUCGCAUCAAGGCAUUUGAAUCAAGCAGUGUCUCAGCCCCGAGUACUCCUACGCCAAAUAUAGAUCGACCAGCCAUGAGAAGACAAGCUGAGCCAACAAGCACUAGCCCUGUUUCCAGGUGGACGAAACAAACAGGUGCAUCACCUGAAUCUCCCAAAUCCUGGGCGAGACCACAAAUGGAGAAGUCACCUGGCUCUCCUGGCUCUCCCAAUUCCUGGACGAGACCGCCAAUGGAAAAGACACAUGCAUCGCCUGGCUCUCCGCGUUCCUGGAUCAAACCAACAAUGGAGAAGUCACCCGCAACUCCUCGGUCUGAUGUUGCACGGUCCAGUGCCAAAGUGCCGGUCCCACCAAGACAAGCAACCUCCGCGCAUGGGACAAAGUCCGAAAAGAAGCAACCCAUUCCCGCAUGGCCUACCAAGUUAAAGAAUAUUCCUAGGAAGCCUGCUCACCCAGAUGCAAUCGUUGCAAGGAUUCUGAAGGAUUCAAAAAAAGAAUCCAGCGGACUAUCAUUCGUUUCUUAUUUUGAGAAGGAAGGUAUCUACGUGUCCAAGAUUCGAGACACAAGCAAGUUCAAGAAUACCUUUCUCAAGCCUGGAAUGAAAGUCCUCCGCAUCAACGGUGUUCCUUGUCCUGGUCGUGUCAAGAAUGUGAUCAAAAUGCUUAAAGCCGCCAAGAGAGUCAUCGAUAUUGAAGCCAUCAGGGACGAUUCCAUCGCAUUUGUUGCAAGAGAACAGCAAGCUACUGCAAAUGAAGAAACCCACGCAAAGAAGAAUGGUUCAUCUGUGGAGCCAUCGAAGGAAAGGGCUGUCGAGAGCAGAGAGACACAAAAUCACGAUGCAUGCACUGAAGACGAUAUGGGCUUUACUGAUUUGCUAAUGCUCUCGAUGGGGUAUGUCGCCCAGAAACCUCAGGAGGAAAUGCGUCCAAUCGAACGAAAGGACUCUUCUGCAUCCAUCGCUUCUUUGGAUCGAUCCGAAAUCCCAGAAAAGCCAAAGAACAAGAAAGUACAUGCCAUGGUCUUCAAGAAGACCAGAAAGGACAAGAUUGGAAUUUCCUUCGUUUCAUUCAAGAAGAAAAGAGGUGUUUAUGUCUACGAAAUGUACGAAGAUAGCAAGUUUCAACGCACCGGGCUAGAAGUGGGCAUGAAAGUUCUUUCCAUCAACAGGCAACCGUGUCCAGAGCGUGUCAGCGAGACGCUGGCAAUGGUAAAGGACAUCCAAGGCCAUCUCGUCAUUACCGCAGUUGCUCCGUCGGAUGAGAACACAGGGACAGGAGAAGCUCAAGGGGGAGCUCUCAAGUCCAGAAACGAAGCCACUCAACCAAAGGUUCAUUCACUUCAGAAGCUUGGUCGCGAUCAGAGACGCAUCGCACGCGAAGAACCCGAAGUCUCAGAGGGUCAAAUAUUGAAUAAAAGGGAAAGGAGAGAAGUACUUGGCGACUUUUCCUGGAUUGAUGACAAGCAGAGUGAGGAGGCUGAGGAGGAGGCUGAUGAUUUUUCUCAAGACAGCCAGACGACAACUAGCGUUGAAGAAGACGAUAUUGAUGACGACGGCUCGUUCAUAUCUCGAUGGGGGUCCAGCUUGGCUGAGUCUAUCUUUGGCAUUUGA